AUGUGCAGCUCCGACUGCUUCCUGGCGAUCCUCGCCAUCUUCUUCCCCCCAUUGCUGGUCAUCUGGGUCAAACGAGGCAUCUGCACCGCCGACUCCAUCAUCAAUAUCGCUCUCUGUCUGCUCGGCUACCUCCCCGGCCUGAUCCACGCAUGCUACAUCAUCCUCAAAUAUCCCGAGGCAGACUAUGACGCCGAUGCGGCCUACGAGCCCAUCCCCGGCGGCGCAAGCCAGCGACGAGACCUGGAGAACGGCGGCGUGACGUACUACUAUGUCGCUCACCAGCCGCUCCAGCAUCCCUCCCAGCAGAGAUCUUAUGGCACCGUUUCACAAGGCCAGCAGGCGGCGCCGAAGCCGUCUGAUCAGCCGGAGGGUGGUGCUGGGAGCAGCAGUGGUCCGGCACCACCGACCUACGCCGAGGCUGUGAAGGGUGACCACAAGGUGCAGACCCGGGACUAA